AUGCCAGACAACAAGAAGACCGGGGUUAUCACCGACCGCUCUUAUUCUCCCUGCGUCGUUCAAGGUGCCUGUGGGCAGUGCCCAUGGUUAGUCGGGACAUGGGAGCUUUCAUCAGCAACAGCAGCAGCACAGACCACUCUGGGUCGUCAUGGGUUGGUCGGUGUGUUUGCUGGGGAAAAAGGAAAAGAGGCGAACAGCCGGGGAAUCGGGUUGGCAGUCCAGGCGCGCUAA